GGCGUGUGCGCCACUUUUCGCUGGGUAAAUGGUUAACUAGCGUAUGGACAAGAAGAUCAUCAAACACGACUGCUGAGAGUGAAAGCGUAAGAAAUGGAUUCUUCUGGCUCGGAGCCCUCCAUACCCACAGCGUCCAGAAGUUCUGGGCGGUCGCCACAGGCUGCAGAUGACAACAACACAGGCAAAAGAGAAAGUGGAAAGGGGAAAAGCAAAAAGUCCAGUCUACAAGAAGCAAAAAGGAAAGGAAAAAUGGACAGAAGCAAAGGAGAAGAUGAGCUAAGCAAUCAGCUUAAAAACCUGGGUUUGCACAGCCAAAGCAAGGCUGCUGGAACUGGCCUUGUGUCUUCAGACGUUUUCACAGAAUACCACUGCCUUUGGGAUUCAAGCCAUCCAGAAUGUCCAGAGAGAGUCAGUGCUGUGAUGAGCAUGGCCGAAAAGCAGGGCCUGCUUGCUCGCUGCACGAGAGUUGAGCCCAGAGUAGUCACAGAGGAGGAACUUUUGCUGGUGCACACGAAAGAAUACAUUGAGCUCAUGGCCCGGACAGAGACAAUGACAGAAGAGGAGCUUAAAUCUUUAGCAGACACCUAUGACUCCAUUUAUAUUCACCCAAACACAUUUAAAUGUGCACGCCUUGCUGCUGGUGCUGUCCUUCAACUAGUAGAUAGCAUUAUGAUGACAAAGCUCCAAAAUGGUUUCUCUGUUGCCCGGCCUCCAGGUCACCACGCGCAGGCUUGUGACAUGAAUGGUUACUGCAUGUUUAACAACUUGGCAAUCGCAGCACGCUACGCCCAGACGCAUCAUGGGGUGAAACGGGUCUUGAUUGUGGACUGGGACGUUCACCACGGACAGGGCAUCCAGUACAUUUUUCAGGACGACCCCAGUGUGCUCUACUUCUCGGUGCAUCGGUACGAGGAGGGGGCGUUCUGGCCUCACCUGAAGGACUCGGACAGCAGUGCCAUCGGCAGCGGCCCAGGAGUGGGCUACAACAUCAACCUGCCCUGGAAUCAGAUUGGAAUGAAGGAUGGCGACUACCUCACUGCCUUUCAGCAGCUGCUCCUGCCUGUUGCCUAUGAGUUCCAGCCAGAGCUUGUGUUGGUUGCAGCAGGCUUUGACUCUGUGAUUGGUGACCCUAAGGGAGAGAUGUCAGCCAGUCCAGAGUGUUUUGCCGUCCUGACGCAUCUACUGAAAGGUCUCGCUCAGGGUCGACUGGUGCUUGCCCUGGAGGGAGGCUAUAACCUGGAGUCCAUAGCCAAGGGGGCGUGUGCCUGCCUGAGGGUACUGCUGGGGGAGUCCUGCCCCUCCUUGGAUGCCCCCGUGGCACCUUGUCAAAGUGCCCUGCAGUCCAUCUCAGAAGCCAUCAGUGCCCUGUACCCGUACUGGGCCUGCCUACAGACAUUCGAGGGGGGUCCCUUGAAUCUGCAGCUAGAGGAGUCAAAGGGGGAACAGCCAGGCAGCCAGCUCACAGGCCUAGUAUACGACCAGAGGAUGAUGGAGCACCUCAACUUAUGGGAUGGCCAUCACCCGGAGCAGCCAAUGAGGAUAGCUCGCAUCUUCUCGCGCCAUGAGGACCUGGGGCUGGCAGCCCGAUGCCACAGUAUACCCGCCCGCCUGGCCACAGAGAAGGAGCUCGCACUGUGCCACAGUGCUGAGCAUAUCGAGACCAUCAAGAGCACAGAGACUAUGAAGCCUAGAGAUCUGCACAGGCUGGGCGGCGAGUACAACUCCAUCUACAUCAAUAACGAGAGCUACAAGUGUGCCCGGCUGGCAGCGGGCUCCUGCUUCAACGCAGCACAAGCUGUGCUUAAUGGACAGGUGCGUAAUGCCGUGGCCAUCGUGCGUCCCCCGGGCCACCACGCGGAGGCGGACAAGGCGUGUGGCUUCUGCUUCUUCAACACGGCGGCGCUGACAGCGCGCUACGCCCAGAGCCUGUGGCCCAAGAACAAGCCCCCGCUACGCGUCCUCAUACUCGACUGGGAUGUGCACCACGGCAACGGCACGCAGCACAUUUUCGAGGAGGAUGACAGCGUGCUGUACGUCUCGCUGCAUCGCUACGAGGACGGGACGUUCUUCCCCAACUCCGAGGAUGCCGACUUUGACAAGGUCGGCCAGGGCAAAGGUUGGGGUUUCAACGUGAACAUUCCCUGGAACAGAGGAAAGAUGGGUGACCCAGAGUACCUGGCAGCCUUCCACCACAUUGUCAUGCCCAUCGCACGGGAGUUCAGUCCCCAGCUGGUGCUGGUGUCGGCAGGGUUCGAUGCUGCACGCGGUGACCCUCUGGGGGGCUACCAGGUGACCCCUGAGGGCUACGCCCACCUCACUCACCAGCUCAUGACCCUGGCGGCCGGCAGAAUAGUCAUCCUACUGGAGGGUGGCUAUAACCUGACGUCCAUCUCCGAGUCCAUGGCCAUGUGCACCAGUAUGCUGCUGGGAGACCCGCCACCCCUGCUGCCCCCCAUGCCACCCCCCCAUCCAAACGCCGCCCUCAGCAUCAACAACGUCCUGCGCGCUCACGCCCCCUACUGGAAGUCGCUCAGAGUGCAAAUUCCCGAGUCCCUCCGCCUCUCGCUGCCCUCUCCCAAAGCAAAAGGCAAGAGGACGCCUGUCGGAAAAGGUAAAAAAUCUCCCGGACAGUCGACUCCCUCCAACAGCCCAGGCCAGGGCUUCUCUCCAUCUCCCUCACCAUCACCAUCACCGUCAUCGGCAAGAGGAACACCAGCGGCGGCCUCCCCUGUGGCCUCAUCUCCAGGCCAGACCCAAACCCAGACCAAUACCCCAGGUCUGGAGGAUCUCACCAAAGGGCUUCUAUCCCUGGACCUCAACACCACCAGCAGCAGCACCACUACCUCAGCCAGCAGCAGCCCAGCACCCAUGGCCUCUGGAGGGGCCAGGCCCAAGGUGAAGCCCAGCCCUCGGAGAGAAGCAGACGUGAAGAUGGAAGAAGAGCAUGUGGGGGCGGGGGCGGGGGUGGCACCUGACACCCUCACAGCACCCUCAGCCAACGCAAAGGAAGAGAGCCAAGCCAGCAUGCAGGGGGAUGCCCCAAGGGUAGAGGUGGACCAGGCAGCUGCAGGAAGUGACGCUGUGACCAUAGCAACAGGCGAAGAACUUGAGGGGGCCUGUGGAACGGCACAGAACAUCUUCAUCAUCUGUGGAGGCAACGACAUGGACUCAGGUGCAGUGCAUCCCCUGUCCUGGUGUCCUCAUCUGGAGGACCUGAAGCCGGUUCCCCCCGCGGGCAUCAACAUUAAGGAGCCCUGUGAGGAGUGUGGAUCAGACGAGGAGAACUGGCUCUGUCUUUGCUGCUACAAGGUGUUGUGUGGUCGCUUCAUUAAUGAGCACAUGGUGUUGCAUGGGGUGACGUCUGGCCAUCCCCUGGUGCUCAGCUUUGCUGACCUGUCCGUCUGGUGCUACCCAUGCGAGGCCUACAUCGACAACAAGGCCCUGUACAACGCCAAGAACACAGCGCAUGUGGCCAAGUUUGGACAGGACAUGCCCCUCCCUGCUUUUGAGUAGAUGAAGGACUAUGGGGCCUUGCUGUGAGUGUGUGUUGAGAGAGAGUGUAUGAGUAUGUGUGUGUGCGUGCGUUUAUUUGUUUCUGUGUGUCUGCGUGUGUACUUGUGUGCAUGUGUUGGUGUAUUUUUGUGCCCGUGUGCCCGUGUGUGUGUUUGUCAGAAGUCCACAUGGGGCCAGGAGAAGUACUGUUGUCCCAAAGCAAUAUCAGCAUGCAUCUAAUACCUGCACUCCUCCCUGAGGACUCCCAAGUAUUCUCUUCAUCUUCUCCUCCAACCUCUGUGGUGCUAUUCACCUGGAGAGAAAAAUAAGCUGUUCAUAGCUUUUUUAUAUAAAAUCCUUUUUCCACCAAUUUCUUGAAUUAUCUUUUGUAAUAGGACAUUAUUCUUUAUCAUCACUUGUUAUCUCUCUCCUCAGUUUCUUUUUUUAUUGAUUUAUGGUGCCAAAAGUGAGACAAAUUUGCCAAACUACUCCAUAUGAGUAGCAGUGCGAGGUGUUGUGUUCCUCGGACCACUUUUGUUCUCCUGUCCUUAACUUAAUAUGUUUUCUAACUGUUUGUUGUUUCUUCCCCUUAAAUACAGGAAAUAUCACAUUCCUGUAUCAAUAUGUUUAUGAGUGAAAUUGAGUGAAAAAGUUUUUUUUUUUAGGUUUAAAAAAAUCCUUUCGUGGCCUUUUAUUGUUUUUUUGUUUUUUUUGCAAAAGAUGUGUGCUGCUUUAGGUUUUCUUUAGUAUCUCCUUCAUACAUGACAAAAAUAUGUUAAGUAGAAUUAUACUCACCAACAUAUGGACUUUUUUUCGACAUUCUGUCUAACUCCCUUCUUUUACCUCUUUUCAAAUAUUGUUUUUUUUUCUCAAGAGAUCCCCAUCCAUCUUAUAUUAAAUCUUAGACAUUGCUGUCAGUUUUUUGGUACUGUGUGAACAAAUUCAUUUAUUUUUUAUGUCAGUAUAACUUGCUGAUGAAUCAUGAUCAAUUUUGGUCCACAACACAUUGCUGUACAUAUUCUAUAUUAUAUCCAUCAUGUAAAACUGACCAAUAGGUUUCAAUAGCUCUUCAAUUGUGUGUCUGUUCAACAGUUCUUUAAAAAAAAUUGAUGGUCAUAUUUGCUGUCAAAAGAUUUCUCAGCUCCAUAACUAAAGGCAACAGUUUGUUUCUUAAAAGUCUGAAUCUCAGUUUUUCUUCUGUCGCCGGCAUCACUUUUAUAACACAGUCACACAAUUCUAGCCACUAAAACACACACACACUUACACACAACAGACUCAUUUGAAUUUAGCUAUCUGAUUGUCUUGACAUGACGCUACACGAGCAUUGACAAGAUAAAUCAGAAAGCAGCUGCCGUACGUCAUCUCCCUCCGAUUUCAUGGCUCUGUUUUCUGAUGAUGGUUGUUCUGACCAUCAUGGCAAGCCACACAGGCGUCUAGUCUGCUUAAGUCAAAGUUAGCCAGCGAUACGCAUGGUGCGGUUGGAGGGAGAAGUCAACAUCACCAGCGAUGCUCAAGUCACUUUAGGGUAGUAGUCAUUUCUCUGUGUGCAUGUUCUACAGGAAGCACAUUGAGUCAGAAAGCAUGAAGGAAAUCUGUGUUUUUGCUGUUGUAUUCUCUAUAUGCUUGAUUGUUAUGCUACUGCUGCUAAUAACUGGUCAGUGCCUAAUGUUGAUAUUGGCUGUGCAUAACAGAUGUCUGCACAUAAUGCACAUAUCUGAAAUGGUUCAGACUUUUUUUAAAAUAAGAUAAAUUAAUUCAAAAUUGCCUUGUGUUUUUAUUCAUUCAUCAAAGUACUUUUCUUUUCUGCGAAUUCUGUGAAUGUCGCUUCAACAAUAUUAUCACAAUAUUGAAUGAAGCCACCUAUCAGGAAAAUCUGGCAGAGAUAUCUGAAUCAUCAUCUUCCAAUAAUUCGAUUGAAUGUCCAUGACUUGCAAUGAUCUUAUUUAUGAUCUUAAUCAUGUUAAUUGCAGCAACCUCUCUAUUCAGAGAUCCUAUUUUGACCUGGAUUUUUCCCCGUGUGUAUAUUUAGCAAAACUGUUGGAUCACUGAACAGGGUGUUUAAUGGUUAAGACUUGUGUUGCGCUAACUUGUCUUUUGUUAGCAUCCUGUCGCACCCACUUCCUCACUUUUAAACACAAAUCUACAGUAAAUAUCAACACCCUUAAAUAUACUUUAUCAGUAAUAUAGAAAUGAAUGUCAACCAUCCAUGAAGUGUUUCAAGUGUAGCAGAUAUUUUGAAAAAUCAAAUCCUCUUCCACAACAGUGCAAUACUAUAAUAAUAUUCGAUAUGGAUGACAUAGGUCAGUUGAAUUGUUUUGAUUUUUUUAUUUAUCUUAUCUGAACUCUGCAUCUGGUGCACAUGUCAAAGCCAACGUUCUCUUUCUUUUCAACUGUAACAAAUAUUAUAAUCUGUAACUUAUUACUGUUUAUGCUCUGCAAACAUUUUCAAUAAAAUGCACCAAUUGUGUAA